AUUACUAGUUAGCCCAUCCCCGCGAACGCCCCCAUGGGGUUUACGACGUCUGGGGUGAAGAAUAAACUGUGAUUGGGCCCAGGAGAAAGUAGGAACAUAUACCAGCAGGUCGAAUCAAGUUAUCCAGUGACUGCCGUGUAACCUAGAUCAUCACAGAUGGCUGCCUUGGGUACAAUAUGAUACUUGCGGGAGUAGAUGGAUAUCCUUGACCAAGCUCAACACGCAUGUACCUACGGUACCGUCACCGAUAGCAAACCCCUCCAGCACGAGACACAUAUCUCAUAAUAAAUAAGUAGACUCGGCGUGUCGUCAAGCUUUAGGCCGAAAAGUGGCAGUUCAUAAUCCCGAGUCUAGUACCUAUCUUGUCAGCGAGUAUAUCACAUCGUCUCAUUGUCGGAUCAUCAUAGGCUUCUUGUACCGAGUCUUUGGUCUCUCGGACCGCAGCAUAUGUACAGGCCGUUCCUAGAAGUUCUUUAUCAAUAGUAUGAAUUCACCAAUAUCACCGUUGUCGCCAACAUUGGCGUCAACCACCGCGAAGUUUAGGAAUCGUGUCCCGACUCAGCUGCGGAGAGUCAUUACCAUAUACAUCACAUGCGCGUGCGUUCUAUUAAUCAUCCUCAACAUCGAUUUAGUACCAUCGAUACCAAAUACUAGUGGCGUAUUUAAGCGGAAUACGACUCCGCGGAAAGCUCUCGAUUCUAAAUCGCUUAGAAACUUCCCAAGAAAAAUAUGGCAGACUUGGAAGAUCGAUCCCUUCUCAUUUGAAGAGCGAGAUUCUACAACGGCCAAGACGUGGACUACCAAGAACCCGGGGUUCAGAUACGAGGUCCUGACGGACAGCAACGACAUGAAUUAUGUCGAGGAACACUUCGGUCCUUCUGGGUUCGACCGCGAGGAUAUCGUUGAGCUCUACCGAUCAGUCAAUGCGACAAUCAUCAAAGCGGACCUUCUACGCUACCUCAUCAUGUACGCGGAAGGGGGCGUAUACGCUGACAUCGAUGUCGAAGCACUCCGGCCGGUGCACAAGUUCAUUCCGGAGCGUUAUGACGCGUCAGAGGUUGAUAUGGUCCUUGGUGUCGAGGUCGACCAGCCCCAAUUCAAGGACCACAAGAUCCUCGGUAAGAAGUCGCAGUCGUUUUGUCAAUGGACAUUCAUGGCAAAACCACGGCUUCCGGUGAUGCUUAAGCUGGUUGAAAACAUCAAGGAUUGGUUGAUUGGCAUUGCUAAGAAGCAAAACGUCCCGAUCGGAGAGGUAGUGCUUGACUUUGAUGAAGUGAUCAGCGGCACUGGCCCAUCUGCAUUUACCGCGGCUGUCCUAGAGGAAAUGAAUAAACGAGGCGGUGGCGCGAGUAUCACAUGGAACGAUUUCCAUGAUCUUGACGAAUCCAAAAUCGUUAGUGGUAUCCUAGUCUUAGAUGUCGAGGCGUUCGCCGCAGGUCAAGGCCAUUCCGACUCCGGAAACCACAACGCAAGGGGCGCGCUUGUCAAACAUCAUUAUCACGCGUCGAACUGGCCGAGUCGACAUCCUCGAUUCAGUCACCCAGUUUAUGGUGAAGUGGAGAGGUGCAACUGGAAUGCUGACUGCGUCAAUAAAUGGGACGACGACGUAGAAGCGUUCGGGCUUCUACCUCCUGAGGAGCAGCAGAAAAGGAUCGAGGAGAAGAGAGCACAAGACAGCCAAAUAGUGCUAAAUAUGAAUUCGCAGUUGGAAUUGAGAGAACUGAAUCCGGCACCUGUAUCACGAUAGUAUCUAGCCAGAGUAGGUAUCCAGGGACGUGGUGGAGCAUUCAGCUAUCUAAGCUUUAAUAUCGGGUCAAGGAUCAUUUCCUUGAUUAUUCUGAAGCUUUUAGGAAAUGAAC